UUUCGAAGUUUGCGUGUCACACAUUAGCAAUCAUCAAUCCACCUUCUUGGUGGCAAAGCCAUGGCCUGGCCAAGCCAGAUGUUUCAGCUCUUUCACGAAACAGCAAGCAAUUGCACUGUUUGAGUUUGAUGAAUUGAAUGCAUAACUUGUAACUGAAUCCAUUUCCAUAGCUCGAAGAAUCUUCAAGACUUUCCUUGUUGUUGAACCGUGAUGAUAUGCAAAGAAACCUGCCAACGACGGUUUGCUGGUUUGCUCUGAAACCGAACAUGGUCCGUGACUCGUGACUGGGCACGGAGAUCUCCACUUGGCUCAAAGAGAGGGAGCGGCAGGAACGCUUUCGGUGAGAGGCAGAGGCAAUGGCUGAGACCACAACUUCAAGUUCUCGCAAGACAAAGCUGCACAAGGCUGCAGAUGCUGGCGACGACAUCCCAGUAGGCAAAGGUGGGCAAAGAAAGGUCUUGAAGGAAAGCAUUCAGGGAAUCACAAAGCCAGCAAUUCGGCGUCUCGCCCGACGUGGUGGGGUCAAGCGCAUCAGUGGUCUCAUUUACGAGGAGACAAGAGGUGUCCUUAAGACUUUCUUGGAGAAUGUGCUCCGUGAUUCGAUUACCUAUACUGAGCACGCUCGGCGCAAAACUGUCACGGCAAUGGACAUCGUUUAUGCUUUGAAGCGGCAGGGCCGCACCAUUUACGGCUUUGGCUCGUAGGCCCUACGUAGGCCUUGGGUUGGCCAUCCACUGCCGCAUGAGGGGGUGUCGAAAGCAGAAGCUUUACGCUGGUGGUAGUGAUCGGCCGCGCAAUUCAAUUUCGGCUCUCAAAGCCUCUGAAAGCCAUGAUUAGUGUGGAAUCGGUGCCAGCAGGCUUGGUGCACUUGGGCAAC